AUGGCAGAAAAGAAGGAAAGUGAAAACGCAAACAACGUGAUCAAAGCAAAACUAGGCGAAAUCAAUCUGGACAAAUUGACACAGAAAAAGGUUGACUUGAUUGAGAGAAACUUGGAUGAAAUCACAGAUGGAGACAGGCUGAUACUGCGCAAAAUAGUCCAACAAAGAGCACUGAAAAUCUACUGGGGAACAGCUAUCACCGGUAGACCGCAUAUUGCGUACUUUCUGCCCAUUUUGAAACUACGAGACUUCCUUGAGGCCGGCUGUGAGGUGACUGUGAUGUUUGCUGACAUCCAUGGGUUCCUGGACAACCUCAAGGCACCCAUUUCCAAGAUUGAGUCACGAUACACCUACUACAAGAAGCUUAUUACGACUAUGCUGGGAAGAAGCCUGAGAAAUGGAACUGGUUUGGGUGGAAUCAGGUUCAUCAAGGGCUCUGACUUUGAGCUGACUCCAAAAUACACGUUUGACGUGUACAGGAUGGCAUCGUAUACGACAGAAAGAGACUGUAAGAGAGCAGGGGCCGAUGUGGUGAAACAGAGCGAGAAUGCCCUUCUUUCAAGCAUGCUUUACCCAAAUAUGCAGGCACUGGAUGAGGAGUACCUUGGGGUGGAUGCCCAAUUUGGUGGAUCAGACCAGCGUAAGAUAUUUAUGCAUGCUAAGACAUUUCUACCCAAAUUGGGAUACAAAAAGAGGAUUCACCUGAUGAAUCCGAUGAUGCCUGGGCUGAAUUCAGAGAAGAUGAGUUCAUCUGACGAAAUGAGCAAAAUAGACAUGCUGGAUACGAAGCAGCAGAUAAGUAAGAAGAUAGGAAAGUGCUUCUGUGAGGAAGGAAACACUGAUACUGGUGUACUAACAAUAUUCGAAUACAUCUUGUUCAACUACUUUGGUAGUGUUAAGGUGAGUGGGGUAGAAUACAGCACAUUUGAGAUGCUGAAGGAUGAGUUUGGGAAGAAGGUGAUUCAUCCUGGUGACUUGAAGAGUGCCUGUUCGUACUACGUGAAUGAGAUGGUGGCACCAGUGAGGGAUGUGAUGAUGGAAGAGACUGAGAUGAUUGAAGCAGCGUAUGGGAAGAUAAGUAGGCAAUAA